AUUAAAGAAAGAUUCUACUGUCAAUGAGGACCUUAAAACCUCACUCAUUCAAGCAGGCAUCAAGUACAAUGACCAUGAACUAACAAAAAUAUUGCAGAAAUACUUCAUUGCAAUAAAAGAUAAAGCCUCAAGUGAGAGACUGAGAGAAGGUCUGGAGACAAAGACUACUACUGAUGGUGUUGAUCGUAAAAAGAGAGCUUCUACUUCAGACUGGGACUCAACAUCUAAUUCUAAUUAUAAUCUGGUACACUCAAGGUCUGGGAGGCAUCAAGAUGUUUCUAAAUAUCCAUAUCACAGAGGAUAUUUGUGGGCCACGGAGAUUGGAUAUCCUGAAAUACAUGCUGACAUAGCAGCAGGAGGGUUUGGAGGUGUUGGUAUUCCUGGUAUCAAACUGUAUGCACGAGCAAGGUUUGACCUUGUGGUCUGGAAAAAAACUUACACUGCACUUGACAUAAUAUUCUCAUAUGUGAGAAACUUCCCAGACCGUAACUCUGUCAGCACUUUGACAUACAAGCGUUACAUUAAGAUAGUUGGUUCCACACUCUUAAAUACAAUGAGCACAACAACAAGGACAUAUAAGUUCACUCGCUCAUGGCAAAAGACAGUUCCUUUUUUCCGAACAAAGUGUAGCUUCUUUAUUUAUGUAGGUAUUCUGGAUCUCACUCUCACUGGCCAAAUAUCUGGACAAAUGAAUUUCAAUGCAUUCAUUGGCCGUUUGGAUAAUGAUGUUAAUAUGAAAGCAUCAGCAAUGCUUGAGACAGGACCUACACUUACUAUUAUAGGAGAUGCUUCAGCUAAUAUAUUGCUCAAAUACAGAAUAGGUAUAGCAGUCUCAGCCUCCAUAUCCUAUACCAUAAAUCCAGAAGCAUCAACUUCAGUCUGUGGCUCAUCAUCACAGGAUGCUAAUGCAUGCUUUGAAGUUUAUGGUACGACUCAGGGAACUAUUAGUGUUUAUGCAUACUGGCAGUCUAGGAAAAUCUUGUGUAAACGGUUUAAGUGCAAGGUUUUUUGGACAGAAAAGAAAAAAUGGCCUAAACUAUCACAUACUUGGAGCCUAGUAAAUAGAAGAGAGAAAUUAUUUGGUCUGUGUUAUGCUUGUAAUUGUACUGGAAGGCAUUUCCUCAAUGUCCUUUGCAAGGGUAGCCAGUAUGGAGCCUCACGAUGCUCCUGUUCAACAAGAAGGUCAAAAUGUUAUUCUUCAAUCAUCAUUGAAAGCUGAUGUGAUCAUUUUAAUGGACUCCUCUUUUUUAUAGUUGAGUUUAAGCUUUUUAUUAGUGUAGCAUA